AUGCAGUUCCUGGACGAGAAGGAGCGUCUGUCGUCGUCGACGCGCGGCGUUCCCUACGCGACGCUGCUGGCGAGCCAGAGAGCCGUGCAGGACCGCGUGGACCAGUGGGAGCGGACGCUGAGCAGCCGGAAGGAGGCGAGAAUGGUAGGCGGGCUGGUAUACCGCGGGGAGUGGCGCGAUGGGCAGCGGUUCGGCCUGCACUAUGGGUACAACGAGCAGAACCAGCUGGAGGUGGUGGCGAUGUUCCAUGCGGACAAGCUGAACGGGAAGAAGCGGACGCUGGAUCCGGACUCGGGAGCGCUGCGCGAGGUGGCGGAGUACGUGGAGGACCGGCUGCACGGAAAGUACCGGAGCUACUACGCGAGCAAGGAGCUGAGGGAGGUGUGCGAGUACGUGCACGGACAGAAGUCGGGGAUCUGCCGCAAGUACUACGAGAACCGGCAGCUGAGCGAGGUGUGCCGGUACCAGAACGGCGUGGUGGACGGGUACUUCGCGUCCUUCUACAAGAACGGGCAGCUGAAGCGCGAGGGCAAGAUCGAGAACGGGCGGAAGGUGUUCGUGAACUGCUUCCACCCCAACGGGUGCAUCCAGACGCAGCUGCUCUUCGACGGCGCCGGGGAGGUCUGCGCGGCGUUCGAGUUUGACAGGGACGGCGACCUGGUGUACGCGGGGAACUACACGCUGGACAACAAGCGGCACGGGCCGAGCCUGCUGUUCUACAACAACCGGUUCUACGCGCACUGCACGUUCGAUCACGGCGAGAUGGUGCUGCGGAACGCCGUGGUGCCCGCGGAGCAGUACGCGACAAGCAAGCUGGACCGCGACUUCGCGACGGGGAACGCGCUGGACACGCGGAUCAUCAAGUGGCGGCCGAUCGAGCAGAGCCGCGUGAGCUCGAAGAACAAGGAGGUGGUAAUGUGGUCGUUCGACGCGACGAACCACCCGGUGCUGACCACGACGUACACGACGCCGUACGAUGCGGUUAGCGACUUCACGAAGCCGUUCGAGGUGAUGGAGAACGGAAAGAAGCGCGAGCUGAGCGUGACGGAGCUGGCGGGGCGGCUGAUGUACCCCGACGAGAUGAACUCGCUGCAUAUGAAGUGGAACACGCUGUUCGGCGACUUGGUGUGGCAGGUGGACGUGAACUACGAGGAGGCGAAGAAGAGCAUGACGUGGGAGGAGUUCUAUCCGACCGGAGUGCACGAAGCCGUGCUGCAGAAGCCCGAUUGGUGCCGGAAACGACUGGUGCGAAAGGGGUUCGUGGAGCUGGACGCGAACUCGGAGUGCGAUGCGGUGCUGUAUUACAAUAAUGGAGUGAAGAAGCGCGUGGGGAAGAUGCAGGGAUCGAAGUGGGUGAGCUAUACGGAGUAUCUGAACACCGGGAUAGAAGUAAAAGAGAAUUCUGUGUGGUGUGUUUGUUGA